AUGUCCUACUAUCCUGGCCAGCAAUACCACGGUGGCGGUGGCUACGGCGCGCCGCCGCCGCCCCAGAACAACUACGGUGCUCCACCUCCCCAAGGAUACCCGCCUCCGCAGCAAAACUACGGUGCUCCACCCCCACAGCAAUACGGAUACCAGAGCCCGCAACCACCCUACAACAACUACGGCCAACCUACGCCGCCGCCUCAACAGUAUGGAUACAACCAGGGCCCGCCACCACAGCAGUACGGCAACUAUGGACCGCCACCUCCGCAACAACCACAACAGCCUCCUCGUCCAGGCAUGAUGCCCACAGCUGGCAGCAACCAAUGGACACAUGGAAACCACAACGCUCCCCCGCCACCACCAUCCGGCGCACAGAACUUCGGUCACGGCGCACCCAAUGGCUACUCGUUCCAAUACUCAGCGUGUAACGGUCGGCGGAAAGCGCUGCUUAUUGGUAUCAACUACUUCGGCCAACGAGGUCAACUUCGUGGUUGCAUCAAUGAUGUGAAGAACAUGAGCACGUACUUGAACGAGUUCUUUGGUUAUAAGAGGGAGGACAUGGUCACUUUGACCGACGACCAGCAAAAUCCCAUGAGCCAGCCGACCAAGGCGAAUAUUCUACGAGCGAUGCACUGGCUGGUCAAGGACGCAAGACCGAACGACUCGUUGUUCUUCCACUACUCAGGGCAUGGUGGCCAGACCAAAGACCUCGACGGAGACGAAGACGAUGGCUACGACGAAGUAGUCUACCCAGUUGAUUUCCGUACCGCCGGCCACAUUGUCGAUGACGAGAUGCACCGUAUCAUGGUUGCGCCCCUCCAGCCCGGUGUGCGAUUAACCGCCAUUUUCGAUUCCUGCCACUCUGGUUCCGCCCUCGAUCUGCCUUACAUCUAUUCCACCCAGGGUGUGCUCAAGGAACCCAACCUGGCGAAGGAGGCUGGCCAGGGUCUACUGGGUAUCGUGUCGAGUUACGCACGCGGCGAUAUCGGCAGCAUGAUUGGCGGCGCCACCAGUCUGUUUAAGAAGGCAAUCAGUGGUGAUGAAGUGUACAAGAAGAACCUGCGAACAAAGACUAGCCCUGCCGACGUGAUCAUGUGGAGUGGAUCCAAGGACACACAGACCUCGGCCGACGCAAGUAUUGGGGGUGAAGCUACCGGAGCCAUGUCUUGGGCCUUCAUUUCUUCGCUGCGCAAGAACCCAAAUCAGAGCUAUGUACAACUGCUCAACAGUAUUCGUGAUGAGCUAGAGGGGAAAUAUGCCCAGAAACCUCAGCUGAGCUGCAGUCACCCGUUGAAUACGGACCUGUUGUACGUUAUGUAA